AUGGUCGAAAAGCUCGUCUCUCUGCUUUAUAGCACCCUCUUCAACCCUUGGGUUGCCAUUCCCGCUGUGACCGGAUACGCACUCAAGAACCCCGAUCAGCUCCGUGUCAUUUUGCGCGGUCGCGAAGCAGCCUUCCUACCCGAGAUCACGGCAUCGCCCGCCGUGAGGAAGGUGCUCUACUGCAUCCUCACAGGGAUCGCCCUCCGCCUCCAGGCCUAUCUGACGCGCCGGGCUCUCAACAAUGGCGUAUCAGACACGUACGAUUGGUCCAAGGAGAUUGUUGUCGUGACGGGCGGCGCGGGCGGGAUUGGCGGCGAGGUGGUUAAGCUCGCUUCGAGGGGUACCAAGGUUGCUGUCAUCGACAUUCUGCCCCUGACGUACCCUAAGCCUCCCAGCGUCGAAUACUACAAGUGCGACUUGACGGACGCGGAUAGUCUCCACCAGGCGGCCGAGGAAAUCCGGGCCAACUGGGGAGACCCGACGGUCCUAUGCGCCAUUGCAGGCAUCGUCCGCGCCAAGGGCAUCCUAGAGCUCACUAAGAGGGAUCUCGACUUAACUUUUGGCGUAAACGCCAUUGCCGUCGCCAUGUGCUACAAGGAGUUUGUUCCCGCCAUGGUUAAGAACAACCACGGACACGUCGUGACCAUGGCCUCUCUCGCAUCCUACCUGCCCUCCUGCAAAAUGGUCGACUACGCCGCAUCCAAGAGCGCCGCCCUCGCCCUCCACGAGGGCCUCCAGACCGAGCUCCGCCACGUCUACAAGGCCCCCAAGGGCCUCACGCCCCCGCUGACGCCCGAGCUCGUGGCCUCCCACGUCGUCGACGCGCUCUGGUCUGGCGAGGCGCGCCACAUCGAGCUGCCCUGGCUUACGAAACUGACUAUGAUGCCGAUCAAGGGGUCGCCGCCGUUUUGGAGGAUCGCGAUGCAGGACUUGGUCAAGGAUAGCAUGUCGUCUUUUGGCGGGCGGAAGGUCAUGGAUUGA